AAAAUAAAAGAGAGGGAACCUCAAUUCCUAUCAGUUCGCAUUGGCACCUGUCUCUCUCGUUCCUAUCAGUUGCCGCCGUUAGCCCAUCUCCGGUGCUCGUUAUCUCUGGCCGCCGGUGUAGCACCGGAAAGGAGACCAUUUUCUAGGCAAGGGCAGGCCCAACCCAACCCCCAACGUUGACGACAAAUAGCAAUUUCGACCUGACGACUGAGUAGUACGAACUUAUCUAUCCACCUUUCCUCAUUCUACGAAGAAGCAUUUGGAGGGACAUUACAAUAAUAAGAAUAAAAUAAGCAUUUUCUCAAUUGUUCCUAAAAUUUCCUCUGCAAAAACCUUUCCACCAUAGCUCAUUUUGAAGGUGAAGGUGAUGGGUCCGUCACCCCCCAAACCAUCGAGAUUCACUCGUCCAAAGGUAGGGGAGUCGCAGUCGAGUCCUAAUCUUUACGUGGCCAACUGUGGUCCUGCUGUGGGGCUCUCGUACGACACCAUAGCUUCAGUAUUCAGAACAUUUGGUGAGGUGAAAGCAGUGAAUCCAGCUGAUGGCAGUGGUGUUCGAGUUAUUGUGUCGUAUGCUGAAGAGGGUUCUGCCCGAAAUGCUUUGGAAUCACUCCAUGCUCGUCCUUGUCUUCAACUUGGAGGCCGUUUUUUGCAUAUUCAAUAUUCCUUUCUUCAAACCCUUUCAUUGGUCAAUGAUCCUCUCCCAGUAGCUUUGAUGGCUUCAGAGUUGAACAUUCCGGGUCUUCACUUGUUGCAUGACUUUGUCAGCCUUGAAGAAGAGAGGGACUUGAUUGCAGCAGUUGAUGAAAUGCCCUGGAAUAAUCUUUCCAAAAGAAGGGUUCAACAUUAUGGAUAUGAAUUUUGCUAUGAAACAAGGAAUAUUAAUGCAAAAAAGAAGCUCGGUGAACUCCCAUCAUUUGUUUUUCCUGUGCUAAAGAAACAGUCGAUGUUUGCAAAGUAUGGUAUUCCUGCAGAUGUAAUUUUGGAUCAACUGACGGUGAAUGAGUAUCCGCCUGGGGUGGGUUUGUCCCCACAUAUUGACACCCAUUCUGCUUUUGAAGGAUUAAUUUUGAGCCUUUCACUAGCAGGGCCUUGCAUUAUGGAGUUCAGAAGAUAUGAAGAUGGUGAUUGGAAUUCUAAAGCUUCACUUGGCUUUGAUAUGGAAAAUAGCAAAACCGAUUCAAAUUUUGUAAGGAGAGCUAUCCAUCUUCCUCCUCGGUCUAUGCUAAUGUUAUUUGGUGAGGCACGCUAUGCGUGGCAUCACUACAUACCACACCAUAAGAUUGACAUGGUGAAUGAUGAAGUGAUAAGAAGGGGGGCAAGGAGAGUGUCUUUCACGUUUCGUAAGGUUAGAACAAAUCCCUGCAAUUGUGACUUUCCCCAUCAUUGUGAUUCUCAGAGAGACAGAACAAGGUAAGUUCCUUGGGUUGGGGCGAGCAACGGAAUCAAUUUAUUCCAUUAUAGAAGAGGAUUCAUAAACCAAAGUAAACUUGCCUCUCGGAUACUUGAAAAUAAGAACCAUUUUUUUGGCUCUUUUAUUUAUUUAUUUAUUUUUUUGAGAACAAAUGUUAUUAUUAAUGAAUAGAAUCAUUAUAACAGCAGAUUAUCUUCGUCCAGUCGAUGAGCAAAUUUAGCUAAAUUAUGUAUGGUUGAGAGCAUCAGUUUUGGUUUUACCGUAGAUGUAUUGUUUUUAAUAUAUUGAGAAAUUAUAAAUUAUCUUUUUUUUUUUAUAUGAUGUAUAUUAGAAU